GCCACUAUGUCGAAGAGCCGUGCAGCAGCCCCCACACCCGGAGCAAGUGCGAGGCGUGUGACACAGGGACCUACACGGGACACGCCAACGGCCUGCGGUCCUGCCUGCUGUGCACCACCUGCCGCGAGGACCAGGAGAUGGUGAGUGACUGCACCCCGAAACGGAACCGGAAGUGCCAGUGCAAGACCGGGGAGUUCUACUGCGACUCUGAGCCCUGCCCAGAGAGCUGCUACCGCUGCACCAGGUGCCCCGAGGGGAAGGUCGUCCUGCAGACGUGCAACGCCACGGCCGACACCCUGUGCGGCCUGCCCGGCCCAGGGCCAGGGAGCCGACACCGGUUCUGGUGGAUGGCGGGCUGGCUCUUUGCCGCGGUGGUCGGGGCCCUCGUCAUUCUCUGCGUCAGGAAACCCGGAGACGGAGGCGGCCGGGCGGCCUGCUGCUGUCCCCAUGCAG